AUGCCCUGCGACGAUGGCGGGCGACGGACUAUUCUGCGGACCGUGAAGCCGAGCCCGUUCCGCCUGGCUGCCUCCGAGAGCGCCGUAGAGCCGGACGCCUCGGCUCCCGCGACGGUUGACUACCGGCUCGCCCGGGCCGCCACGCUGAGGGCAUGGCGGUCGGGCAAGCUCGGCCGCCACGAGGUCUGUGACGCCCAGCGGGAGCUGUUCCGCAACGCGGAGUUCUGCGGGCAGCCGACUCGACGCAAGUGCCCGGUGUGUGCGAGGGAGGGCCUCGUCGAGGUGACAUACGUGUUCGGCUCGCGCUUGCCCAAGCACGGCCGCUGCCUCACCACACGGGCUGAGAUGCAGCGGCUGCAACACCGCGCCAGCCCCUCGACCGGCUAUGUGGUAGAGGUCUGCACCGGCUGCGGCUGGAACCAUCUGGUGCGACGCUUGACUCUGGGCGGCAAGCGCUCGGCCUGA